UCACACAUCUGAGAAAAUUUUAUUCAGAAUUUAGGUAGUAAAGUCAAAAUGUAAAGUAAAAACUGAGUAUAAUAAAGAUUAUCUUCAGAAAUCCCUUAAAUAUCAUUCAUGACAUUCAUUAAACAGAAAUAUUGCUCUCAACAUGUCAAACUGUGUCUGUUUAUCCUUUAGAGUUAUAACAAUCUUACUCUUUUAUUGACCAUCAGAUGAAAUAGUUGGCUAAUAUGUAAGGGCCACAUUAUAUGAAUUUUAAGAAUAUAUUUCUUUCUCUUGUCUAUCAGUCAUCACCCUACUGUUGCGGGUUAAAGUCCUGAUAUGCAGCAGUAGCCAUUGCUAGAAAAGGCAUAACCCCACAUGGAAAUUGUGCCAAAACUUGAAUUGCUCUAACAAGAAGGAUGGAUAUUUUAUUUCUGUGGGAAUAGAGAUUUCAUAUAUUCAUCUCUUUGUAAGUAUUACCCUACCUUUAAACACUUUAGAGUUUAGCACUAAUGCUUACCCCUUGGAUAAAGCUUAUAAUGGGGAAGACUGGAAAAAGGAUAAAAAUAAAAAGAAUGUAAAACUCUGUAUAAGUUUUAGCACGAGUGACUUAAAAUCAUAAGGGAGUAAAAAAUUAAUAGCCAGGGGAAUAGCUUAGCUUCUUAAAUUUCUCUCUACCCUUACCUUAACUUAAAUCCAAUUUUUUGAACAAAACAAAACCUAUGUACUUUGUAUUUUAAGGUAGUUUAACCAUGUUCUCAUCCCAGUCAGCUAUGUAGAGCAUAAGCAACAUUAAAAUGAAAGUCAAUGGAAAAAUAAUUUGUUGUCCAAGUUUACAUUUUUUACAGAACUAUUCUGGAAUCUAUCUAAUGCCUGGACCAGCUCAACUUAAUUUAGUGGGUUGAGAGGUGAGAGAGAAACUUACUCUCUUUUUCUUAAGGUAUUGAGUUAUUGGUAUUCUAAAAAGUACCAACUAUAGAGAGUUUCUCUCAAAAAAAGCCACUGGGCCAAGACAAUAUUUGAUUUUAAAAGCUUACUAGAUGGAAGUGAGUAGGCUAUCAAGGAAACAGAACUAAGGUAUGCCAUCCAUGGAAUUUUCAAAUCAAACAUAAAUGCUGAUUUUUAAGUUUACCUUACAGUUUUCUAGUUAGGUGAGAUAAAAAUUAAUUGAAGAUAAUUUGAAAGAAGUUUAUCUCUUUGCAUGUUCUUUAGUAUUACCAUUCUGUACUUAUUAGUAUUACCAUUAGUAUUACCAUUCUGUGCUUAUACUUCUUUGUUGCCAACUUACCAUUUUCUAAAGGGUAUGACUCAUGUUGGGGCAGUAGAAUUACUUUUACAUGAUUAUCUUAGAUAAUCCUUUAACACUAGUCCACAGUAUCUUUGUUUACUGCAAUUCUAAAAAGAAAUAGCUAUUUGUGACAAGUAUGUGCAAUGUGAUGAGAUCAAAUAUCCAAUCAAACAGAAAAACUAGCCUAGAAAAUAUUUACCCUUUCAGGCAAAUUUCUAUUCUAUUGAAGUCCAUUUUUCCUUUUUAUCUUUGUUCAUUUGCUUAAUUAAGUUAUUUUAAAAUAAGAUAACAUAGAUUUCUAGAAUUUCAAGGCUUUGCAUUACAUUGUUCUAUUCCCACAAUAGCUUUAGGAAGAAGGUAGAAAUAUGUUAUUAACCAUACUUUAGUAGUGAUGAAUGUGAGGGUCAGAGUGGUUAAGUGACUUACCCAGGGUUAUGUCUGGUAAGUAGCUAAGCUAUAGUACAACUACAGUCAGCAGACUAGUCAAAUGCAUGGUCUUCCACUACAUUGUAAUCCUUUUUAGUAAUGUUUUACUGAGGUUAUCAUUUAUGGAGAUAAAUGUGUCAUAAUUCUGUGACCAAGAGAUGCAUAAUUGUACCAGAAUUAUAAUGGUAGUGCUGCCCAUGUAAGAGAAAAAUGCAAUAAAAAAUUACCUAAUAUUUUGCCUUAUAUUGUAUCUGAACAUUUCAUUAAAUAGUUGGUGAUGGAAAUGCAAUAACACACACUGCUAUGAUAUAGAACAAUUUCUAUAUGGAAUUGCCCUAUCUAAAUAGAUGAAAUAGCAUAGCACCUGUGGACUAUCUUUUAUAAGUGUAAUGAAAGAUUUUUUUCCUGCACAAGUCAGUUCAGAGCCAUGUCCAGUACACCAUAGAGAGUACCAUUAUGACAAUUCAUGCAUUGGUGCUUUUCCUGGCUCCCCUUUCUUCCAUUAUUCCUUUUGGAAGAUAUCCUGCUCUCAGCCGCAAGAGGAAGAACUCUUCCUUAUUCUUGGGAGGUGAGGAGAAACUAUGACAAGAAAAAGGUUCUCCAGGCCCAGUAGGAAGAGGCUUUCAGAAGUGUGGAAUGGAACAGUAACUCUGUCUUACCAGUGAUUAAUGUAGAACCUUCCUUGACCAUGAAGGAAGGCUAUGAGCAUUCGCAGUGAAGUUAGUGUCUUUUGGACCUUUCUGCAUCUGGAAGGAAUGCAGGAUAUAGUAUGCCUCUCUCUGAAAUUGUUGUCAUUGCUACUUUAUUAGUCAAUCAGUUGAUGGUGCUGCAGUUUUGGUAUGUUUGAUGCAUAUCUUCUGAAUAAAAGGCAUUUAGGUUUUUAAUAUCUCUAAGUAUUUAAAAGUGAGUUUUCUUCUAUCUCAAAUUCUAGAUAGUUCCUUACAUUUCAACAAAAUAUCAUACUAACAUUUAACCUAAUAAAUUUUGAAGAUACUGCAGACACAUAUUAGCUUGCCAGAAGUAUUAUUAUUGUUUUAAAUUACCUCAAUAUGCAGUUUUUUGUUGGUGCCUACCUAGUUACUGUAGUUUGUGAUGUAUAUUCACAUAGCUCUGAUUCAGAAAUUCAGAAGAGAAACAUGAAAAGGAAUCAGUAAGACAGGAGUUUACAGCUUUAAGGCAUAAGGAGCUUACAGCUUUUUAAUAUAAAUUGUUCCCAGAAUCCAUGUCGCAGCUCCUUAUAUGGUGCUGCUUUUUUUUCCCUCUUGGUUGCUAUGACAACAGCAGCACUGCACCAUUCAUCAGCUCUGGACCUGGGCUGCACUGCUAGCCUUCCGUGUUACUCCUGAAUGUUAAGAAGAACAUCCGUGAAUCAUUCACUGUGUUAACACUGCGCCAUUAGAAACCUAAGAACCAGUUCUUCCAGCAAUUUGCUCUAACAGAAGGGUGAACUAAACUGCGCCACAGAGAAAAAUUGUAUAAAAAUAUUUCUUUUAUCCUAAUGGAAUCGUACAGUCUAUAUUUGCUGCAGUAUGCUGAAAGAAUAAGCCUAUGUAAAGCAAUCUAAUGAAAAGAAUUCAUCUGUAUAAUCUUUCUUGAAAUCAUUAGUUGUUCAAAACAAAUAGCACAUUGCUUCUCUGGAUACAAAAAGAAGCAGGUGAUGUUAGGGGUUCUAAGCCCCUUUGGGAGCAUCUCUUGUGCUUUGGGACCGUAAUCAACAUCUACUAUAAGAAGUAUCACCUGUAACUCACACCCCUCUGAGGAAGGCAAAGUUUGUUGAGAGCCCACGAAUUCCAGAAUCCGAGCUUGGCUCACCAACCCUUACUUCAGCUCAGAAGCUGGACGUGGAUGCAUACUGCCCUGGUGAUGCUGAACAGGAACUUGGCCCCCCUCCAUCUGUAGAUGAGGCAGCAAACACACUCAUGACUCGUCUGGGUUUCCUCCUUGGAGAGAAAGUCACAGAAGUUCAGCCAGGGGACCAAUACAGCAUGGAAGUACAGGAUGAAAAUCAGACCUCAGCAAUCACCCAGCGGAUAAGUCCCUGUUCCACCCUGACUAGCAGCACUGCUUCUCCACCAGCCAGUAGCCCCUGCUCUACCCUCCCACCAGUCAGUACAAAUGCAACUGCCAAGGAUUGCAGCUAUGGGCCUGUUACUAGUCCAACAUCCACACUUGAAAGCAGAGAUAGUGGCAUCAUUGCUACAUUGACAAGCUAUUCUGAAAAUGUGGAACGCACAAAAUAUGCUGGGGAAAGCAGUAAAGAAUUAGGAUCUGGAGGAAACCUAAAACCUUGGCAGUCUCAAAAAUCCAGCAUGGACUCCUGUUUGUAUCGAGUAGAUGAAAACAUGACUGCUUCUACCUAUAGUCUGAAUAAGAUCCCAGAGAGGAAUUUGGAAACUGUUCUAUCUCAAUCAGUACAGUCUAUUCCUUUGUAUCUCAUGCCACGGCCAAAUUCAGUAGCAGCUACCAGCUCUGCCCACUUGGAGGACCUUGCUUACCUUGAUGAGCAGAGACAUACACCUUUGAGAACUUCUCUUCGAAUGCCGAGACAAACUAUGGGCGGUGCUCGCACACAACAGGAUUUACGAGUUCGCUUUGCACCUUACAGACCUCCAGAUAUCUCCCUGAAGCCUCUGCUCUUUGAAGUGCCCAGCAUCACAACAGAGUCGGUGUUUGUUGGCCGGGAUUGGGUUUUCCAUGAAAUAGAUGCUCAACUUCAAAGUUCUAAUGCCAGCGUGAACCAAGGAGUAGUGAUUGUGGGAAACAUUGGGUUCGGCAAAACUGCCAUCGUCUCCAGACUGGUGGCCCUCAGCUGUCAUGGUACAAGAAUGAGACAGAUCGCAUCAGACAGCCCACAUGCUUCCCCCAAACAUGUGGAUGCCAACAGAGAGCUGCCACUCACACAGCCACCAUCAGCCCACUCAUCUAUCACCAGUGGAAGCUGCCCAGGAACACCAGAAAUGCGCAGGCGGCAGGAGGAGGCUAUGCGAAGACUAGCUUCACAGGUGGUUGCCUAUCACUAUUGCCAAGCAGAUAAUGCCUACACCUGCUUGGUACCAGAAUUUGUCCACAAUGUUGCUGCCCUGCUCUGCCGCUCACCUCAGCUGACAGCCUAUCGGGAGCAACUUCUUCGAGAGCCUCACCUGCAGAGCAUGCUGAGCCUGCGGUCCUGUGUUCAAGACCCCAUGGCCUCCUUCCGGAGAGGAGUCCUGGAGCCCCUGGAGAAUCUCCACAAAGAGAGAAAAAUUCCAGAUGAAGAUUUCAUCAUUUUAAUUGAUGGAUUAAAUGAAGCAGAAUUUCACAAACCGGAUUAUGGGGAUACAAUUGUAUCAUUUCUGAGUAAAAUGAUUGGAAAAUUUCCUUCUUGGCUCAAACUAAUUGUAACAGUUAGGACCAGUUUACAGGAAAUUACCAAGCUGCUGCCUUUCCAUAGGAUUUUUUUGGAUCGACUAGAAGAGAAUGAAGCCAUAGACCAGGACCUGCAGGCUUACAUCCUGCAUCGGAUACACAGCAGCUCAGAGAUCCAGAAUAACAUUUCACUAAAUGGCAAAAUGGACAAUACUACAUUUGGCAAACUCAGUUCUCAUCUCAAGACCCUCAGUCAAGGGUCCUAUCUAUACCUGAAACUCACAUUUGACCUCAUAGAAAAAGGCUAUCUAGUGUUAAAGAGCUCUAGCUACAAAGUAGUUCCUGUUUCGCUCUCAGAGGUUUAUUUACUCCAGUGCAAUAUGAAGUUCCCAACCCAGUCUUCCUUUGACCGGGUAAUGCCUCUCCUGAAUGUGGCAGUGGCCUCUCUCCACCCACUGACUGAUGAGCAUAUCUUCCAGGCCAUCAAUGCUGGUAGCAUUGAAGGUACACUAGAAUGGGAGGAUUUUCAGCAGAGAAUGGAAAACCUAUCCAUGUUCCUAAUCAAACGCAGAGACAUGACUCGUAUGUUUGUACAUCCUUCUUUCCGAGAAUGGCUUAUCUGGAGAGAAGAAGGAGAGAAAACCAAAUUUCUGUGUGAUCCCAGGAGUGGUCAUACAUUACUUGCCUUCUGGUUUUCCCGCCAAGAGGGAAAACUAAACCGACAGCAGACUAUUGAACUGGGACAUCACAUCCUCAAAGCACACAUUUUUAAGGGUUUGAGUAAAAAAGUUGGUGUAUCAUCUUCUAUCCUCCAAGGUCUCUGGAUUUCCUAUAGCACAGAAGGUCUUUCCAUGGCAUUGGCAUCUUUACGAAAUCUUUACACUCCAAAUAUUAAGGUCAGCCGACUGCUGAUUUUGGGAGGUGCCAAUAUUAAUUAUCGGACAGAGGUUUUAAAUAAUGCUCCAAUUCUAUGCGUCCAGUCUCAUCUUGGCUACACAGAAAUGGUGGCCCUGCUGUUGGAGUUUGGGGCCAAUGUGGAUGCCUCUUCUGAAAGUGGCCUGACUCCUCUGGGCUAUGCCGCGGCAGCAGGGUACCUGAGCAUUGUGGUGCUGCUGUGCAAGAAACGGGCCAAGGUGGAUCACUUGGAUAAGAAUGGGCAGUGUGCUUUGGUUCAUGCUGCACUCCGAGGUCAUCUGGAGGUUGUCAAGUUUUUAAUUCAGUGUGACUGGACAAUGGCCGGCCAGCAGCAAGGAGUAUUUAAGAAAAGCCACGCUAUUCAACAGGCCCUCAUUGCUGCAGCCAGCAUGGGUUACACUGAGAUUGUCUCCUACCUACUUGAUCUUCCAGAAAAAGAUGAAGAGGAAGUGGAGCGAGCACAGAUCAACAGCUUUGACAGUCUCUGGGGAGAGACAGCCCUAACAGCUGCAGCAGGAAGGGGCAAACUGGAGGUGUGUCGUCUGCUCUUGGAACAAGGGGCAGCCGUGGCCCAGCCAAACCGCCGAGGCGCAGUGCCCCUAUUCAGCACUGUUCGUCAGGGCCACUGGCAGAUUGUUGAUCUUUUACUCACCCAUGGAGCUGAUGUCAACAUGGCAGACAAGCAGGGCCGUACUCCCCUGAUGAUGGCUGCUUCUGAAGGCCACCUAGGAACUGUGGACUUUCUGCUUGCACAAGGUGCCUCCAUUGCUCUUAUGGACAAAGAAGGAUUGACAGCCCUCAGCUGGGCUUGUUUGAAGGGCCAUCUCUCAGUAGUACGUUCUCUGGUGGAUAAUGGAGCUGCCACAGACCAUGCUGACAAGAAUGGCCGCACCCCACUGGACCUGGCAGCUUUCUACGGUGAUGCCGAGGUGGUCCAGUUCCUGGUAGAUCAUGGGGCCAUGAUCGAGCAUGUUGACUACAGCGGAAUGCGCCCUUUGGAUAGGGCAGUGGGGUGCCGGAACACUUCUGUUGUUGUCACUCUUCUGAAGAAAGGAGCCAAGAUAGGUUGUCAGACGUUACCGAGUCGCCCACGAGGUCCAGCCACAUGGGCGAUGGCCACCUCCAAACCAGACAUCAUGAUCAUCCUGUUGAGCAAGCUGAUGGAAGAGGGGGACAUGUUUUAUAAGAAAGGUAAAGUAAAGGAAGCUGCCCAGCGCUACCAGUACGCUCUGAAGAAGUUCCCUAGAGAAGGGUUUGGUGAGGACUUGAAAACCUUCCGGGAACUAAAAGUGUCUCUCCUCCUCAACCUCUCUCGAUGUCGCAGGAAAAUGAACGAUUUUGGAAUGGCGGAGGAAUUUGCUACUAAGGCCCUGGAGCUGAAACCGAAAUCUUAUGAAGCUUACUAUGCAAGAGCAAGGGCAAAACGCAGCAGCAGCAGACAGUUUGCAGCAGCCUUAGAGGACCUGAACGAGGCCAUCAAGCUAUGUCCAAACAACCGUGAGAUCCAGAGACUUCUGAUGAGAGUGGAAGAAGAGUGUAGACAGAUGCAGCAGCAGCAGCAGCAGCAGCAGCAGCAGCCACCGCAGCUGCCGCAACAGCCACAGCAGCAGCCUCAGCAGGAGCUCCCAGAAGAAACGGAGCCUGAACCACAGCAUGAAGAUAUAUACUCUGUACAGGAUAUAUUUGAGGAGGAGUACCUGGAACAGGAUGUUGAAAAUGUUUCCAUUGGCCUCCAGACAGAGGCUCGUCCCAGUCAGGGGCUCCCAAUAAUCCAGAGCCCACCCUCCUCUCCAGCCCAUCGGGACUCGGCCUACAUCUCUAGCUCACCUCUUGGCUCGCAUCAGGUUUUUGACUUCCGCUCCAGUAGUUCUGUAGGUUCUCCCACCAGGCAGGGCUACCAGUCCACCUCGCCUGCUCUUUCUCCAACUCAUCAGAACUCUCAUUACAGGCCUAGUCCACCACAUACUUCCCCAGCUCAUCAGAGUGGAUCUUACCGGUUUAGCCCCCCUCCCGUGGGAGGGCAGGGCAAAGAAUACCCAAGCCCUCCCCCUUCCCCUCUCCGUAGAGGUCCUCAAUAUCGGGCCAGCCCUCCAGCUGAAAGCAUGAGUGUCUAUAGAUCCCAGUCUGGUUCACCUGUACGCUAUCAGCAAGAAGCAAGUGUCAGUCAGCUUCCUGGCAGACCCAAAUCUCCUUUAUCCAAAAUGGCCCAGCGGCCCUACCAGAUGCCUCAGCUCCCUGUGGCAGUUCCCCAGCAGGGGCUCAGGCUACAGCCUGCCAAGGCCCAGAUCGUGAGAAGUAACCAGCCCAGCUCAGCAGUUCAUUCAAGCACGGUAAUCCCCACGGGAGCCUAUGGCCAGGUAGCCCAUUCAAUGGCUGGAAAAUACCAGUCUUCACAAGGAGACAUAGGAGUAAGUCAGAGCCGUUUGGUUUAUCAAGGGUCAAUUGGGGGAAUUGUAGGGGAUGGGAGACCAGUGCAGCAUGUCCAAGCCAGCCUGAGUGCAGGGGCCAUCUGUCAGCAUGGAGGAUUGACCAAAGAAGAUCUUCCACAGCGACCUUCCUCAGCAUAUCGAGGUGGAAUGAGAUACAGCCAGACGCCACAGAUUGGGCGUAGCCAGUCAGCAUCCUAUUACCCAGUCUGCCAUUCAAAACUAGAUCUGGAGCGGUCCUCCAGCCAACUAGGUUCCCCUGAUGUCUCACAUUUAAUCAGGAGACCUAUCAGUGUCAACCCUAGUGAAGUCAAACCCCACCCACCAACUCCCAGGCCACUGCUGCACUCCCAAAGCGUAGGCCUUCGCUUCUCUCCAUCUAGCAAUAGUAUCUCAUCCACUUCCAACCUUGCUCCUUCCUUCCGGCCAUCUUCCUCGAUUCAACAAAUGGAGAUCCCACUGAAACCGGCAUAUGAUAGGGCAUGUGACGAGCUGUCACCAGUAUCUCCCACUCAAGGAGGUUACCCCAGUGAGCCCACCCGAUCCAGGACCACACCAUUCAUGGGGAUCAUAGAUAAAACAGCCCGGACUCAGCAGUACCCCCACCUUCACCAGCAGAAUCGGACCUGGGCAGUGUCAUCAGUGGAUACCGUUCUCAGCCCCACGUCUCCAGGCAACCUGCCUCAGCCCGAGUCCUUCAGUCCACCAUCAUCCAUCAGCAACAUUGCCUUUUAUAACAAAACCAACAAUGCACAGAAUGGCCAUUUGCUGGAGGACGAUUACUACAGCCCCCAUGGGAUGCUGGCUAACGGGUCUCGUGGAGACCUCUUGGAGAGAGUCAGCCAGGCCUCCUCCUAUCCCGAUGUAAAGGUGGCUCGGACCCUACCUGUGGCUCAGGCGUACCAGGACAACCUGUACAGGCAGUUGUCCCGAGACUCUCGACAAGGGCAGACAUCCCCUAUCAAACCAAAGAGACCAUUUGUGGAGUCUAAUGUUUAAAAGACGUUUGUUGGAGUGAGACCCAUAUGUUUUCACUGCACAUUUUCAGGCUUGGUUUCCACUGGAGGUAGUUCUCUGGCUUAAUUUCUCAUGUAGUUUCUGUGUGGUGUUCAGAGGUGGCAGCCCACAUGCUGAAAUUCUUUGCAUGCAGCCGACUGGGAAGCUGGCCUCCGGGGAGCCAGGACUUCAGUUUCUCUGUCUGUGCCCCAGCCACAUGCUCUCUCCCUCUCUUCAGAUGCCAACGAGGAGAUUUUUUGCCGUGUGCUUUAACCCAGGGAGAUCAGACACACUGGUCAGCUUUUUCCAGGAGACAAUCGCUUUCACUGAUGUUCUUGUUGUGUAAAUGUCUUUUUCCUUUUUUUAAAAAAAAAAAAAAAGGAUAUUCUUGUUCGUUUUCUUCUAGGAACUUUAGAAAGAGUGUGAUGCCCCUUUGCCUUCUUAGCCAGUGUCAUCCAUAUAGGCAGCCCUGGUGCAUUCUUGUACCAUUCUUGUACCCCAACCCCAUACUGCCAGCUCCCUGCAGUCAGGUCCAGAAUGUUCAUUAGGAUUCCUGCCAGUCUUCCUAUGGGGUAAAAGGAUCAAGGAGGGAGAGAGAAGAAAUAAGUCUGCUAAAUUGGAAAAAAGAAAAAAAAACAAUAUAAUUAAAAUCACUACAUUGAUUUUCCAAGAGACAUUUUAGGAACAUUUUGAAAACAACUAGCCCUUUAAAUAUUUCAGCCAAGGAAAUUAGAUGAGAAUUAUGGACAUUUUAAAAGAAUUCACCGAGUUAUUCUCUAGGUUUUUAGCUAACAACCACUAAAAGCUACUGAUUUUCUACAAGUGGGGGAGGGAAUAAAUAUAUAGAAAGAGGGAGAGAAAGAGAAAAAGAAAGAUUGUUUUGGAUUCUCAAUGAAAGGUUGUAGAAAAUCUGUCUUGGAGAAGUAUACUGUUUAGAUCCUGAUACAUCACUGAGCAUCAUAUUCCAUAAAAAGCACUCUUCCUGAAGGGUUGAUCUGUACAAUAAUCCUGUUAGUUGGAUCUUCCCCUAGAGCCAGAUUUUGUUCUACUGGCCUUUCUUUUUUUAAACCCAGAUGACAUAGUGAAGAAAUUGGUUCUUUCAGAGCAAAUUGGAUUCUCUUGGGACUGUAAGACUGAUCCCCAGAGUUUGCACCCAGGGCCAUUGCAUUCCAUGCCACUUGUCUAAUUCCAUUUCAAGAUCUAUAAUUUCAUUAUCUAUCAUUGCAGGAAUUGUUCUUUUCUUUUUCUAGGAGUAGUUGGGGCAUGAGAUAUUUUAAAAUUAGACACAACAAAAAGUGUUCCAGGGUGAAGAAGGACCCCUUUCCAUCUUGUUUUCUAGCCAUGGGUGGGGCACAAGAUAGACAGCAGGCCUCUGAUCUGGGCACCCUCUACACAUCUUCUAGGUCAUGUGCUAACCCGACUUUUGAGGGACUGGAUUCACUAUUAAAUGGACAACAAGAACAUUGAAACCACAGUUUAGCACGGGCCUGAUACUGGCUGUUCAUCAGCUGUUAAAAUUAAACAACCCGACCAACUAAACAAAAGAGCAUUAGUUCUCUGUUACUAGGAAUCAUUCCCCUGUUGUUAGUAAAGAGCUACAGGAAAGGCAAUUUCCUGAAUAAAAUCUAGUUGUGACCAGACCCAUUUGUAAUAGUAAAUGUCCUCUGAAGGGAACAUGAAGCUGAGAUCAGAAACAUUUCUUUACUAAUUUAGAAUCUGCCAAACAGAUGGACCUCCCCCAGCCCCACCCUCAAGCCUAAAACAGGCCAGGACUUGUCUAUGCUGGAAGCAAACAGCUGGGCUAACUCAAGACCCAAACUCUUUCCACUCUCUGAUGCUUAAGGACUGCCUCCUCCUCAUCUUGAUCAGGGCAGGCCCGCACGCAUGCACCCAAGAAGGUGAAAUCUAUAACUCUAGCAUUAGCCCACAGCUAGGAGCCCAGCAGCUUCUCAGCUCCCUUUUUGGCAGGUCUCAGCCCUGUUGGUCUCUUUGUAUCUUAUUCCUUUUUAACCACCUGUCACUGAGGAGCUGCCACAUUUCAAAGAAUUCCUCAGUGUCUAUUAGAAAAGUGCCCCUGCUUAUUUGGAAUGCCACACAUGCCACCUGCAUUCAACAUGACUGGGUAGGUGAGCAGGUCCUGCAGCUGUAUAAAUCUGCCACUGAUGCCACUUCUCCCCAGGGUCUCUGGGUUCUCCAGGACAAACCAGAGAUCUAGGGUCUAUAACAUACUGGGCAAACACCUAAAAUGUCAAUAGUCAAAAUGGAAUUAGUAUUACUUUUUUGCCAUUGUAAAAGAGAGUGAAUAUCUGGGUGCCAGUUGUUUUUGACCAGAAGAUGCCAACUGAAGCUUAUUGGGGCAGGAGAUAAAAUUUUUCCUUAGAAGCAGACUGCCUAUGCCCUGUUUGCUACUUCACUGCCAGGGGAUGAUCCUAGUACUGUAUUUUAGAGAUGCCCCUUCCCCAGCAGCAGACACUUGCUGAAUCAAUGUCUGGCUUCAGGUGAGGGGAAGUUUUUCAUAUGAAACUGGUAAGUUCCACUCACCCAAUUCAUAUCACCCUGAAAUGGAGGACAGAGGUGACAAACUUCCGCUUAUAUAGGUUUCUCACCGAAUUGUAUGUUCCGUUUGCCCAAAAUUCUUGCACUAAUGAGUUUCUAUCACAUCAUGUCUAUAAAUGGGUGCACUUUACUGUUUGAAUUUGUAACUCUGAUAAAUACUGGAUAUUUAAGUGUGAGUAAUGUCUUCAUUAGAAAAUAGCAGAACCGCUCUUGUCUUUUAGUGUAUUUUUCAAGAAAAAAACAAGGAAAAGAAAGACAUCAAGCAGUGGAUCACAACAUUUAUAGCACAAGAAGUAACUGUUGUAUAUAAGCAUCAAAAAGAUUAAGAAUUUUUUAAUGCAAAAAAAAUAUUUGCAGUGAUUUUAAAGUGCUUUUCCAGCAAUUUUCUUAGGGACUCCUGAGACAUGGUUACUUUAUUUACUGGAUCAGUAAGGCACACAAUUAACAAUUAAAAAUUAAUAUUUAUUUACAAAGUAAAGGGAAAACCUGUGUAACAUGAGAAUUUGGCAUGGACAAAAUGGAGACCAUUUUGUAUCUGCUGUUGUAUCUUGUCCCAGUUGCAGAUGUGCACUAUUAAAGUCCCGAGUUAAUAGAGCACAAACCAUUCUUGUUCCUCUCCCAUGUGCCCCUCUUUUUAGAUGUGUUUAACUUAAACUUGAUGGCUCAGGAAAAUUCCAUUAAUUAGAAUCAUGUACAGUACCCCAGGUCGUUGUCCAGAUAAACAAUUUUGCUAAUUUAGUUAAGCCUGGAUUAUUAAACACUUUUCCUAAAUUAUUGUAAACAGAACAGCUUAGAGAAAGGUAUUCUCAGUCCUUAUAUUGUAUAGCAGUUUAUGAUCCCCUCUCUAAAUAUUGGUAUUUUUGUAUUCCAGAGAUGUACCCAAUAGAAAAAUUUAAAAUCAGUAUCUAAUAUCCGUAAGUAUUUUUCCUUAGAUUUUAGUCAUACACGGUGGGAUAUGUGGAUGUCACCUGUGCUUCACCAUACUUGACCACUAGGUGUCACUGUGGCUCUGCACCACGCUUGUCUUGUAGCAAAGAAUGGCAGCCGCUCCUAGGGCAGCACGCAGGCUCAGAGGUUCAGGAAGAAGGGAACAAAGGCCUGGAAGGGGUCUUCAUGCAUCUGUGCCACAUGGCAAGACAAACUCUUUGAACACUACAUUCCUUGGACCUGAGGCCAGGCAGAGGCUGGGAGAAGGUUAACUAGAACUCCCUUGCUCUGGUGGAUGGAUGGGUAUGUUGAGAGCCCCUUCCUCCCACAAGCCUUUUUCCUCACAGUUCCUCUCAGCCUCCAACUUCUAUUACUCUAAAGGUGUCACAGUUGGGUGGUUCGAUUCAAAGAUAGUUAUUUUUCUACUGCAGAAAUGCCUUGGACAAAACCAGUUGCUUACUGAAUCUUUGCCACAAAAUGGAACAGGCUCCCCAGGGGGCAGAAUGUGCCCAUCCCUGUGCCCAGUCUCCUAUUGAUGCUCCCAGUGCCCAGCAGCCUCGCCCACCCUGCCUGUCUGUCCCUGGGCUGCCCACUUCUCAAGAAGCCAACCUGCAAAGGCAGCCUGCUGAUGCCUCACGCCGAGGGCUGAGCUGUCCUGUUGCGUGCUCAUUGCGAGGUGUGGCUUUUUCUCCUUUUCCUCUAGGAAUUCCAGACCAACCAUCUGCCAUGACUAACAAUGAACAAAGGGCUUAGGGGUAAGAGCUACCUACAAAGACGUGUCAUGGAAACCUUCACCAUGCAAUGCCUUGAACUCAGCUCUGGCUGCUCCCAAGAAAAGGUGGCUGGCUGGGGGCCUGGACACAAGCACAAUGGGGCUGGUGGAGCCACUGUGCAGAGCUACUUGAAUAAUCACUGGGUCUUCAUCAACUCCUUUUAUAAUACAGACCACUCAAGGGCUGAAGUGUUGGUAACCUUCAUUUCGGUGUCCAAUGCCUCACAGCAGCUGAGCCACCCUGAGAUGCUAGUGGCCGAAUGAUGGCCAGUCAGAGCUUUGAAAGUCAGUACCAAAUGAACGCGUAAUUGGACACCAAAAAUCAAGUGUUACUUUCAUGUUUCCUCACCCACAUCACCUCAUUUCUUCCUGCUGACUCUGUGAUACCUACACUAAGCUGACCUGCCAGGCCGUAGCUGGAUGCAUAGAGAUGCAGGCCAGCGUCGCUCUCGUUUUUUCAGAUAGACCUACUCUGUGGAAAGGAAGUGCCCUAGCUGCUUUGUUUUUGUAGCACUUGCUGGCUGAUUUUUUUUUUCAAAUCACUAGCCAGAAAAUCUGGUGAGGGGGGCCUCAGCUUACUCCCUUUGGUUCCCAGGACCAGACAAGAGUUAAUUUGGGAAAAUUUAGUACUUGAAUGUACCUGCCUUAUUGUGUACCAAUUUACUGGAAAAAAAAAAAAAAAGAAGAAGAAGAAGAGUUAGAGAUGCCGGCUGUAGAUCUCCACUUCACUCACAGUUUAUUUUGGAAAUCCUGUAAGUUACACUUCCUAUCCUACUUUGUUUUGUUGUUCCCUUUGGCUGAUUCCUGCCGAGUGGGGCCAGUUCCUUGUCAGGCUCAGGGCAGGUGCCAUUCACAGCGCAGCCUCCUUUCCAUCUAGCACAGCGUCUCUGUCUCUGUUCUGUCUCCUCCAAAUCCAAGAUGAUUUUAAUUAGUACAGAUAUGUACAGUCUACAAUUAAAGAGUGAUUUGUACUAAUAUGAUUUUGAUUCUUCCUCCUCUUUGCUGUCCUUUCAAGACACUUGCUGGAAAAAGCUUUAAUGCACUUAGUUUUCCUUUAGGUUUUCUAUAAUUCAGAUGUAAAGGACUUUCUCUGUACAGUAUAUUAUCCAAUGCAUGUUUGUUCUCUAUCCUGAUAUAUUGAACACCACACAGUUGUGAACUCUUGCAGUGGGCAUGUCCCACACCCAACAGAGGCAUCCAGCCCCCUGUGUAUAAGGAAAGACAUUUUCCUUUGCUGUACUUGCUUGAGCAGUUUUAUUGUCUGUACAUGUGAGCUGUGUGAGAUAGAUGUGAAAAGUUCAAACGAAUGCAUUUUCCUGCCCCAUGUAUACAGAUCGUCAUCUGUACAAUGAACUGUAUGUAUGAAAGCAAAUGUACUUAUUUAUAAAUGGCUAACACUUGGAAAAA